GGGACGGAGGCCCGCGCCUUCCCGGGAGACGGGGCGGGAAGCGCUGCAGGUCGCGGAAGCCGAGGCCGUCCUCCCGUCGCCGGUUAUCGUCUUUGUUUCCUCUUCCGCUUCUCCAGCCAAACUUCGGCAAAAGUUUUGUUUUGUAAUGAAGUGUGCGCUCAUUGCCAGUGAGGGUGCAGAAGUUCUCUUCUACUGGGCUGAUGCAGAUUUUGUGGCCACCCUUCAGCAGCGCUUUGGAGCUGGUGAUCAAAGCAGUGAUGAGUCCCCUGCUUUGGAGGAUCGCAUCAACACGCUGUUUGCCCCCAUGAUCAUCUCCUGCACAACAUUGCUAGAGAAGCUUGGGGACACCUACACUUCCUUCUCUGCUGAAAAUGGCAAACAUCUUUACGUGUUACAUAUGUUUGGUGAGUGCCUGUACAUUGCGGUGAACGGUGAUGGAUCUGAGAGUGAAGAUGACUUGCGCCGGAAGCUCUAUGUGCUCAGGAGACUUGCUGAGGCUCAUUUUGGCCUUGUCACGCUUGACAGCCAACUUUUCCGCAGGGAGCUGCGCCCAGCGGAUUCCGAGCAACGGGUUCACAUCUGGGAAUCGUUUCAGAGUCUGCUGCAAACGUACAGUCAACUGCGGCAGAACGACCAGAGCUUUGCUGUAGAGGCGGUGGAGCGGCUGAUCCAUCCGCAGCUGUGCGAACAGUGCAUUGAGUUCUUGGAGCGCCAGGUGGUGCAGUACAUCAAUGGCCGUCCGGAGCGUGCUGGCCAUGAAGUCGUGCAUGCCUUCCUUCUUGUGCACACCAAGCUGCUUGCUUUUUACUCCAGCCAGAAUGCCAGCUCUCUGCGUCCUGCUGAUUUGCUUACCUUGCUCUUGAUUGUCCAGGAUCUGUAUCCCAGCACGGCCUCUGAGGAGAGGCCUCGCUCCCAGUUUGCAGAGGAUGAGCCAAAUCCUCCGAGGCCCCCAAGCAGUGAGAGUAUCCCGGUGAACAGCCCUUCCUCUCACGAAUCUUCUCAAGAGCAGAUAGCAGAUGAUCUGUCUCUACUUGAGGAGUUCUACACCCCCAAGGCUUCCCCCAGCCAACAGAGCACAGGAAGUGCUGCCUGGGCUGAGGGUGUGGACUCACAGGGUGAGGGUGAGGUGAAUCCUGCUGAUAUCCAGAUGGCUGAAGAUUCCCUGCAAGUUCUGGCGCCUGCCAUGCCGGACGCUGCCAGUCCACGGAGAAUUUUCCUGGACGCCAACCUGAAGGAAGGCUAUUGUCCCAUGAUGCCCCACACGAUGCACUGCCUCUCCCUCUGGCCAGGGAUCUCUCUGGUGCUCCUCACAAAGGGCCCCAGUUCCCAUGUGGCACUUUCCCUCUACCAGCUGCUUGACGGACUCCUGGUGGCGGAGAAGAAACUGAAGGAAGGGCAGGAGCCCAGGCAGCUGCUGCGUAGCCAGCCUCUCUUGCUGGAGCUCCGACAUCGAAUGGACAAGUUUGUCAAGAAGCUGGGUGGGCAGGAUUCGCAGUUGCAGAAUGCUUGGCUGGAGUUCAAAAACAAAGUUUUCUCUCGAAGUGAGACUGGGAGUUCCUGGGAGGUUCUGCAGGCAUUUUGCAACGUCCGGCAGCAGCUGUGCGCUGUGUAUCGGCUCCUCUUUCUUGGCUCUUCUGGGGCCCAAGGCUUGCCUCAGAACAUGCUGGACCGGGUACAGCAGCUUACACGGGAAAAGCUUCACGACUGGAGGGACUUCCUUCUGGUGAAGAGCAAGCGUAAUAUCACCAUGGUAUCAUAUCUUGAGGACUUCCCAGGGCUUGUACACUUUAUCUAUGUGGACCGUACAGCAGGACAGAUGGUGGCACCAUCCCUUGGUGUGACAGAAGACUCCACUUCUGAGCUUGGCAAGGGUCCUUUGCUUGCUUUCAUUAAGGGGAAGGUAUGGUCUCUGUUAGCACUGGCACGAAGCUACUUGCAGAAGGGCUAUACCACUCUGACAGUCCGGGAUGGAGACUACUUCUGCACUUACUUCCUAUGGUUUGAGAAUGAGCUGGGUUACAAGCUAGAAGUUACAGAGAUCCCUGUGCUUUCCGAUGAUUCAGGCCCCAUUGGGACAUUGGCAGGCGACUACUACAGGAAACUUCUUCGUUACUACAGUAAGAAUCAUACAAAUGAAGUGGUGAAGUGCUAUGAACUGCUGACCAUCCACCUGGGCAUCAUGCCGACAGAGUAUGUGAUCCAGCAGGCCUGUGAUUUGGCCCGCCAACUCUGGGAGCCAACCCGCAUCCCCUUGCUAUAGAGGUAGCCUCAGCAUCAUUGGGGUGUUCAUUUCCUAUUCUCUGGAUUAUAUGAAGACUGGGGGUCUGUACUGUCUUUAUGUCCUUUCGAAUCGGGCCAUGAUGGGCGUUGCAUUUACCCUGCUUGCCCUGUCAUUUUGCUGAGUUUGCCUCACAGCCGACUUCUUCCUCUUACUGGUCAGGAUCCAGUGCCCUUGCCCCAAAGUUUAACAUAGGGCACUGAAGCUGAUGGGACCAUUUGUUUUCAAGGAAUGCAUGGCAUUGGCACACUCAAUAUGAGUUUGCCAUGAGAGCUCUACCUUCUCCUUAGGCACACAUCCAUGCAGGCUUCCCUUCCUAUGUGAGAAAUGUUCUUAUGCUAGAACUAUGCCAUAAUAAACCUUGUGCUUUCCACCACUCAAAUGCAUAUCAACUGCUUGUUUGGAGUAACAGGCCACUGGAAAACAGCUUCGGAAUCUACCUGAUAUGCACAGAUAUAAGCAUAGUUGGAAACGCCAUACACACGUACCAUGCAGUGACUUAUUGCAUGGUUAAGUCAAUCUCAGGUUGUAAGACUUUGAAAUAGACUUGUAAGCUAUUUUUAUAAAAUGGUAACAAGAACCUUUGAGGUGGAUUUUUUUCCAAAAACAACAGCAAACUGAAACAAGCUAAAUGUAUUGUGAAGUAACUUUAAUAAAUAUUACACUGAAAUAAA